AUGUCAGGAAACGGAUUAGUAUCCAGUAUCCGGAGCAUGAUUCAUGCCGACGAGCGGCUGAGGAGCAACACUCAGAGUCCGUUUGAACAGCUACGCCCACAGAUGAAUGAUGUCUUGGGAGAUGGAGGGAUCCUGAAAGAAGUGGUCCAGCUGGGAGAAGGCCCACCUGUACCCCAGAAUGGCUCAGUAUUGAUCCAUUACUCUGGUUUUCUUGAAUAUUCGGACCGGCCCUUUGAGACCACCACUAGCUUCAAGUACCCCCGGAUGAUGAAGUUAGGGAGAGACGUGACGCUGGCUGGACUGGAGCUGGGUCUGCUGACCAUGAAGAAAGGAGAGUUCUCUCGUUUUCUAUUCCAGCCCCAGUAUGCGUACGGGGAAAUGGGUUGUCCUCCGUUAAUUCCCUCAUCUGCCGUGGUUCUGUAUGAGGUUCAGAUCCUCGACUACCUCGACUCAGGCCAAGUGGACGACUUUGUUGAGAUGAGUCCGGAGGAACAGAACACUGCUCCUCUGUCCACUCUUCUUGAAGUCGUCAACACGCAACGCAGCUUUGGCAACCGUUGCUUUAACCAGAGCCGCUAUGACAACGCCAAAGAUCGCUAUAAACAGGCGUUGAAGUUGCUUGGGAACAGGGAAACACAAAGCGAUGCCGAAAAGGAGAAGAUCAAGAUAGCUCUUCUUCCGCUCUAUCUGAAUCUCUCCCUUACCGAGCUCCGUCUGGACAGCCCACACAAAGCCCUGAAAUACAGCAACAAAGCCUUAGAGAUAGACUCUGCCAACACAAAGGCUCUUUUCCGCAGUGGACAGGCGUAUCUGGAGCUGCGUGAGUACGAGAGUGCCCAGGAGUGCCUCAUAUCUGCUCAAGCAAAGAAGCCCUUUGACAGCGACAUUAACAACCUUCUAAGGAAAGUAGCAAUAUGCUACAAAGACAGCUUGGACAAACAGAAAGACAUGUACUCCAAGAUGUUUGGAGAUUUGAGGGGCCCCAUAAAGAUGUAA